CGUCGCGAGUACAGCAGGGAACCUGGGCUCUAUAUAAAGCACCGACAACCGGUUGUUUUUCAGGCAACCCCAAAGUGGGAACAUCAAUGGCGGCGAAGUCCAGCUGUCCAUGCACCCCCACUCCUCGCUCCAUCCCCCUUCUCCUCCACGUACUUCCCUUCCUCCUCCUUUCAUCAUCUCUCCUUCCAAGAUCCACGUCCCAAAGUACAUCCCAGGAAGACGAGAAACGAACUCUCCUUAAGAUAAAGGCCGACUGGGGAAACCCUUCCAAUCUCAGCUCCUGGAAUAACUCUGCCGCCAAUUAUUGCAACUGGCCUGGAAUCCGCUGCGCCGAUGGCUUCGUUACUGAGAUAUCCCUUGGAUAUCAAGGACUGGCAGAACCGAUUCCUCCGGCCGUUUGUGACCUCAAAAACCUCUCUUAUCUCGAUCUCUCUUGCAACAAUCUCACCGGACCCUUCCCCACCGCUCUCUACAAAUGCUCCAAUCUCAUGCACUUGGACAUCUCUCAGAACCACUUCGUCGGUGAACUCCCCACCGACAUCGACCGACUGUCGCCCCGUCUCACCUAUCUUUGCCUCUCUGUUAAUAAUUUCAGCGGCAACAUUCCCGCCUCCAUCGCCCGGUUUCCGGCCAUCCAGUCACUGUGGCUGGACAGCAAUCUCUUCAACGGCUCGUUUCCAGCGGAGAUGGGCAACCUCCGUACUCUGGAGACCCUCACCCUCGCGUAUAAUCCCUUCGCCCCUGCGAGAAUUCCUCAAGAAUUUGGCAAUCUAACGAGAUUAUGCUUCCUCUGGAUGACAAAAAUGAAUCUUUUUGGUGAAAUCCCCCAUUCCCUGGGGACAUUGACGGAGCUCGAGCAUUUGGACUUGGCGUGGAAUUCUCUGAAUGGGACAAUUCCCGGCUGGAUCUGGAAAUUGGAGAAGCUAGAGUACCUGUAUCUAUUUGCAAACAAAUUCUCCGGCGAGAUCAAUGGGACGAUCGGAGCCCUGGGCUUGGUCGAGCUUGACGUCUCCAUAAACCAGCUGACAGGGUCCAUACCAGAGGAUAUCGGAAAGCUCAAAAAUCUCUCUAUUCUAUUUAUGUACUACAAUGGCUUAUCUGGAGAGAUCCCAGCCAGCAUCGGACUGCUGCCCAACUUGUAUGACCUCCGGCUCUUUAACAACAGUCUCACGGGAGUUUUGCCGUCAGAAUUGGGGAAGCACUCCGGGCUGUGGAAUCUUGAAGUCCAGUGGAACAGAAUCUCCGGCGAGCUGCCCCAGCAUCUCUGCGCCGGCAUGAAUCUGACCUCGGUGAACGUCUUCGACAACAAGUUCACCGGUCAGGUGCCAGCCUCUCUCGGGGAUUGCUCGACGCUAAAUAACAUUCAGCUCUACAGGAAUGGAUUCUCCGGCGACUUCCCCUCUGGAAUCUGGUCGGCUACUUACCUGACCACCGUCAUCAUCCACGACAACUCCCUUUCCGGCACUCUUCCUGACGAGCUCCUGUGCAAUCUAACACGGUUAGAGAUGGAAAACAAUAGAUUCUCCGGCAAGAUUCCGUCGUUGGCGAAGAAUCUGUUGGUGUUCAAGGCGGGCAACAAUUUGUUCUCCGGCGAGAUCUCGGCGACACUAGCGGGCAUGUCCCGGCUCCAGAUCCUCUCUCUUGGUGGUAACCAGAUCUCGGGCUUGAUCCCGUCGGCGGUCUCGAUGUUGACGUCCCUCGCCACUCUUGACCUCAGAGACAACCGGCUCUCCGGCGAUAUCCCGGCAGCGCUAGGAUACCUCCCGAGUCUGACAUCCCUCGACCUGUCCGGCAACCAGCUCUUCGGCACGAUCCCGCCGGCUAUCGGCAACCUCGAGCUCACCUUCCUCAACCUCUCCUCCAACCAACUUUCUGGCGAGAUUCCGAGCUCGCUUCAGAACCAAGCCGACGAGCUUAGUUUUCUAGCAAAUCCCGGCCUCUGCUCGUCCACCAACUCCAUCAAGAAUCUCCCCACGUGUGUAUACCAAUCGGGCGGCUCGAAUAAGCUCUCAAGGGGACUCGUCGUCCUCCUGCUCCUUGGUACGGUCUUCUUCCUCGCCACGGUCGCGAUCGGUUUCCUGAUGGUGAUGGAACACCGCCGAAGGAGGAUGGACGGUGACGAUCUCGCCUUUUGGAACCUCACGUCGUUCCACGCUCUAGAUUUCACGGAGCACGACAUCGUCCGCGGGCUCACCGAAAGCAAUUCCAUCGGGAGCGGUGGAUCGGGAAAGGUCUAUCGGAUCGUUCCCGGCGAUCGUGCCGGGGAGAUCGUGGCCGUUAAAAAGAUUUGGAAUAGCAGAAAACUCGACUCCAAGCUGGAAAAGGAGUUCCAGGCGGAAGUGGAAAUCCUGGGUUCCAUUCGGCAUGCCAAUAUUGUGAAGCUUUUGUGCUGCAUCACAAAAGGCGACUCCAAGUUGCUGGUGUACGAGUACAUGGAGAACGGGAGCCUGGAUCAGUGGCUGCACAAGGCGCAGAGAAGAGAUACUGGUUCGGGCCGUUCUAAUCCAUUGGAUUGGCCAACGAGGCUGGGGAUUGCCAUCGGAGCGGCACGGGGGCUCAGCUACAUGCAUCACGAUUGCUCUCCACCGAUCAUGCAUCGAGAUGUGAAGUCCAGCAACAUACUAUUGAAUUCAGAAUUUGGUGCCAAGAUUGCAGAUUUUGGUCUGGCUCGGAUGCUGGUUAAAGUCGGCGAGCCCAAAAUUGUCUCAACUAUAGCAGGCUCUUUCGGAUAUAUGGCUCCAGAGUGCGGAUAUCUUUGGAAGGUCGACGAGAAAGUGGAUGUAUUCAGUUUUGGAGUGGUUCUUUUGGAGCUGGUAACAGGAAGGGGAGCCAAUGAUGGGGGCGAGCAUGGAUGCCUGGCUGAUUGGGCAUGGCACCGCUACCAGGAGGGUGGCAGGGUGAUUGAUAUCAUAGACGAGGAGAUUCAAAAUCCCCUGCUUUACUUGGAUGAGAUGGAGGUAGUCUUCAUGCUAGGGCUAUUCUGCACACGAAAAACGCCUUCAGACAGGCCUUCAAUUAAAGAGGUAUCACAAGUCCUAACAAAGUGCGACCAAAGGCGAGGGCCUCCAAAUAGACUGCACCGUGAGUUUGAUGCACCUCCCCUUCUACAAACCAAAAAGGAUAGUCAGCGGGAAAGCUUGUCAGAUGCCGAUGAAGCAGAAGGCCACAAUUAUUUGGCAGGUCUACUUUAGAUGUGUUGCUGCCUCUAUUGUUUUGCAUCAGCAUCUAACAAUCCAGAUCCUCUUGCUUGGCAGCGCACUAAUUGAAGAGAUCCACUUCAUAUGUAUCACGGGCCAUCUGCAUUUUGCAACAGUUGGUGAGGCAUAUUGAUACCCCUUGUUGGGGUAGAUCCUUAUCACUUAGCCGACUAAUUCUUUUUCUCACUUCUCAACCGACUAAGUGCGUAAUGAUUGACUCUUUUUUGUCUCCGCACCGGAUUAGUUACUAUGAUUCAAUCCGAUUUGGAUCGAUGAGUCUGGACCUAAUGGGCAUCCGACCGAUUAAGAUCGACGGGACUUGACCACCAACUAAAGGCAACGGAUCUGAUCAAGUUGGUAUUUGACCGACAUGAUUUGACAUGCAACUUACGAUUAACUGGUGAUAUUCGGUAUAUAGCCGACUAUUUUCUCAAUGCCAUGCCAACUACUUGAAUCUCGUAAUUCAAAAAUCGAUGAUGGUUAUUCGACAUGGGCAUUAACUACAAACGAAUGUGAAGUGCGAUAGUCGUUCAUGAGCGAUCCAUUAUUCGAUCUUAAUAGCAGUUAAUGAGAUAAUCA